AUGGCGCAAAUCAAACCUGACCCUGACCCUGUGUACAUCAAGCCGGAUCCCGACAACAAAGACAUCGUUCUUGCCGAUCUUGAGGACGACGAUAUCUACGAGGACGCCGGCGACCUCGAUUUCUCAGCAUCUGCACAGAAUGUGUGGCUUACACGAUUGCCACAGCAGCUAUGGGAUCAUUGGGCAACAACAGACGAGAACGCAGAUGAUGACGAAGAAAUUGAGAUCGGGACGAUCAGGAUAGAAGGGGAUCCAGGAGACAUGAAGCGUGUCAGCCUACGGCUGCAUCGGCGAGAAGGAAAUGAAGAUAUUCCCAAGGACUACACUCUGCAAAAGCAGUCAAUGUCCACGAAUGCGGCACACAUGACCCAGAAUACAUUUGUUUUCACAGAAAAAGAUAUUCCUGGGGCAGAAAACCGCCUGGCCACUUUCGGCGAGAAACGCUCGGCCCUUUAUGAGUCUAUGAAGCGUGAUGCACGAAGAAAGCAGCAAGGGAAAAAAUGGGAGCCGUACGUGCGGAAGACUGUUCCCAAACAAACCGCGCUCGUUGGCCAAGUCAACGAAGAGUUCAAUCUUUUGCCGGUUGAGAAUGAGGAGCUUCGUCGCAUUUCGGAGAAGGCUGCAAUGGAAGCUCUGAAGCCAAAGGAAAAGGUCCAAUACGUUGACGACAUUACACCUGACAUCACAAACGCAGCUAUUCUCCUGCCCACGAACAAGGGACACUUUGUGCAACAAAUCAAACCAGCCAAGGCCAAAGCCCAGGAGAACAAGGCUACUCGUAUGCCACAGAACGAACUUCUCGAUCGCAUCUUCGAAUGCUUCCGCGAAUACCGCUACUGGCCAUUCAAGACGCUUAAAGCGAAGCUGCAACAACCUGAAUCCUAUCUCAAGGAGACCCUGGAGAUGGUUGCUCACCUGGUCAAGGCCGGUGACUUCGCCAUGACAUGGGAGCUCAAACCAGAGGCUCAGCCGGCUAACUAUGCCUCCGUUGCUCAUCAAACAGUCAAAGAUGAAAAGCCUCCUGACAUGGAUGACUACGAAGACGGCUCUGAUGAUGACUACACCGCAUCCGGUAUGAUCACGGAUCACGACUAA